UCAAAUUCCUCCGGCACAAAAUCUCACCUUUAUGCUAGCAUGUGAAGGAUUCUGACAAUAUUAACAUUGAUUUUGUUGUGUACGACUUGCAGAUGGAUCCAACUGCCCCACAAGUCUUCCACAGGCUUCCUCAGGAAACUGCAAAAUUCUUCGCGAAAACGGACUGGCAGUCCAGAAGGGAAUCUACCAGCUUGCGAUACGUCCCCCUUUGCCGAUGCCAUUGGUUAACAUGAGCAUACAACAACUAGUAGCUGUGCAGAGCCAGGAUGAGUUUACCCAAGCACAGUUCCAUGGUUACACUGGCAUGCUGCGGAGAAACAAAAAUUUCACAAAACAUUGGAAAGCACAAAAUCCAGAAGAGAUUACCAAGUUUGAAGAUUACGAAAGCAUCUUUAAGGAAUUCCGAGACAACCUAGCAAGUAGUGGAAGUUCCGGACCUUAUCGAUUUGUUAGCAACGUAGAACCCUUCCGGAAUAUCCUUACAGACUGGAGAGAAGACGAUAUGUUUGUUGAGCAGAGACUGAGCGGGUGCAAUCCUCUGGUGAUUCGAAGGGUGACUGAAGACUCCUCUAACGUGGGGUUGAAAUGGUCAGAGCUGAGCAAGACACUUAAUCCAAAUUAUAACUGGGAGGCCGCUAUCCAGACUGCCAUGGGCGGUGAUGAACCACUGGAGGAGGCAGUGAAAAAUCAAAAUGUUUAUGUUCUCCGAUACGAAAUAUUCGAUGACAUGAUUUCUUUCCCUGAUGUGGCGGAUGAUCGCCCUGGUCGAACUAUGUGGCCUUCCAAAUCACCAAUAGCUCUGUUUGCAGUCAACCGGGACAAACGACUCCGUGCAGCAGCUAUCCAGGUUGAUUAUAAACCAGACUCUCCUGUUUUCUCCCCUGUUGAUGGUGGUUCAUGGAUGAUGGCUCGGUUGGUUGUACAGGCCACGGAUUACGCGCAUAGCCAAAUGAUAGAACAUCUUCUAAAGGUCCAUCUUCUUGCGGAACCUUUCUGUGUAGUGAUGCAACGUCAGCUCUCCUCCCAGCACCCGCUGAAUGAGCUCCUCAAGUACCACUGUAGGGGCGUCAUGGCUACAAACACGCUUGGCUCGCCAUCACUAAUUACUCCAGAUGGGUACAUGGACCAGCUGACUGCUAUGGGAUAUAAAGGGACCUUGUUAUUAUUGGAGCGUGGUUACAAGACGCUGAGUUGGAAAGAUACAGAUUUCCAUCUUGAUAUUAUGAAACGUGGUCUCGACAACAAAGAGAAGCUUCCCUAUUUCCCAUAUCGUGAUGACAGCAAUUUGUUACUUAUGACAAUCAAGAGGAUGGUAGUGGAUUACAUUUACGUUUUCUAUAGAGGAGAUCAUGACGUUCAGCAGGACACGGAGUUACAAGCGUUUGUGAAUGAGCUGUCUGCCCAAGGGACUGGGCCAGAUGGAGGGCGUGGCCAGGUCAAGGACCUCCCAGCCGUGUUGCGGACCAAGGAAGAAGUCAUUGACGUGGUAUCUCGGUUAAUAUGGCUAAUGAGCGUGCGACAUUCUGCGGUGAAUUAUCCAGUGAGCGACUAUGGAGCAUUCACGCCUGUUCUGCCGACCAAGGUUUACAACGACAGCAGCGUGCCUCCAGGAACAUUUUCUGUCUUGAAUUUACCAAAUGUUGACAUAUCUCUUUCGCAGAUCGAGGUUGCCAUGAACGUCGGAACGUACCAUUAUGACGAGUUAUUUGACUACUUUGAAAAACUGAAGAAUCCUUCAGGAAGAAAAGUAGUUAGGUUUUACUAUUACUACCUGAAGUACGCCGUUAGUCCAAGGCUCAAGUAUAGGAACUACAGGCGAUCCAAAGGUGGCCACCUGACCUACCCUUAUCUACAGCAUUCAUGGCUUCCCAACGGCAUUCAAACAUAACCAAAUAGGACAUUAAGGCUUUGCACUAUUGUUAUAUCAGAUAAAUUCCGAAUUUAAUUCUUUCAGCAGUACUAACUAGUCCAGUUCUGGCGCUCUCAUUGUCACGCAACGCUAGGGAGAGAGGGACCCUCUCUCCCUAGCGUUACGUGACAGAGAGAGUGCCAGUACUAACAUAUUCGACUAUACUUUUAAACCGAAGCUGCGUAUGCUUUUAAACCAAAGUUCCCUAUUUGGCUGGACUGUAUCGGAUAAAUGUUAAAUGUUAGAUACUGUUAAAUUAAACCGAACAAUAAAGAAAUUACGCAUUAUUCUGGAAUAAACACAAUAUAUUACAAGUA